AUGCCAGGCCGCGUCAGACCCAUCGAGAAGUUCGCCGAGACGGUGUCCAAGUGCACAGCUGAAGGAGCAGUGUACGGGAAAUGUAUAGCGGCUAAUUACCAGAACGUGAGCAAGGACAUGUGCGUGAGAGAAUUUAUGGCGCUCAAAGACUGCUACUUGCGAGCCGCCCGGAGGAGAACUUGA